AAUUAUUCUACCGAAACCAAGUAAGCUAAGCUUUUUGAUCACUAGGUGCAUGUGUUUACCUGUGGGGGCUGAUUUCUGCGCCUACACGGUUUGCCAGUUGUGAUUUUUCUUGAGGAAAAGUUUUCUACAGUGAAAAAUAGAAAGAAGUUUCCUAGAACUCUGCAAAAAAGAUCUUGACUUCUACUCUGUGGAGGUCUAUAGAGGCGAUCAUCCCCUCUUUGAACAUCACCACCAUCUCCACUUAUCAUGCCGAUCGACAUCUCUGCUGGGAUUUUUCCGGUGGUUCCUUACACUGAAGUUGAGCAUAGCCAGGUUUUCCCUUUGGCUUCUUCCAAUCUUCUCAAAGUCCGGAAAGGAGACAUCACCAAAUGGUCUGUCGAUGGCCACUGUGAUGCUAUUGUUAAUUCAACAAAUGUUCGAAUGCUUGCAGAGGGAGGAGCUGAUGCAGCUAUACAUAGAGCUGCAGGACUACAACUAGGAGGUGCAUUGUACGACAUCCCUGAAAUGCAACCUGGAGUCCGUUGCCCAACAGGACAAGCAAGAAUUACUCCGGGUUUCAAAUUGCCUGCAUCUCAUGUGAUUCACACAGUUGGUCCCAUCUAUUAUUUUGACAAGAACCCUGUAGUCUCCCUAAGAAAUGCUUACAGGAAUAGCUUGAUGGCUGCCAAAGCCAACAGGAUUGAGUAUAUUGCUUUCCCAGCUGUCUGUUGCGGUACUUAUGGGUAUCCUUCUAGGGAAGCUGCUACAGUAGCUAUAUCUACAGUCAAAGAAUUUGCCCAUGAUUUUAAAGAGGUGCACUUUGUUCUGUUAAUGGAUGAAGUUUUCGACAAUUGGCUGGACAAGACAAGGGAAUUGCUCCCUCCUAUGUUGGGUUGAUUCUCACUCAAUUAGCCACUUGUGAUUAUGCAUAAUUAUUUGAAUAUGAAUUGAUCAAAAUUCCUUAUAAAUACACUGUUCAUCUUCAUAUUAUAUUGACCUUCCAUUGGAUGAAAUAAAAAUAUAUUCUUCCGUUUUUAUUUUA